ACUUAUUUUAGGCGCGUGUGGAAAAUUUACGGAAAUUCUAGAAACAAAAUUGCCAUCGACUCAAUCAAAAGUAUAUAAAGAAAAACCUCGUUGUAAAGCAGAGCGAGGAAAAAAUGCCUAGUUAAUUUUGUAUUUCGUUGAAUUAUAAAUACGGAAUAAUUAUGAAUCGGAAUGUGCUGUAAAUUGUUUUCAUAAUAAGGAAAGAAAAGAAUGUUUGUCUUUUUGUAGCUCUUCCUGAAAAUUGAAUGAGUGCACGUUCGUUGGAAAAUCAAUGAACGACGAGUUUGUGGGAAGAGGAAAGUUGUGAAAGUGCUCGGCAGUUUGAGGAAAUUAAAAAUAAAGAAAAAAAUAUUAUGCCGAGAUAGGUGAAAGUUUUGAAGAAGCACAUCAGUUGAGAAGGAAGUGAAGAGUUGAAAAAAUGUCAUUGAUGAAGAUAUAUUAAUUGAAAAACAGAGUAGUAUUUGUGUUUUGUUGUGUUGCAUGCUUGAAAAAUAAAAACACCUGGAUAAGCGACACAAGGAAAAGGUAAAUUGAAGUAAAUUGGAAAGUUAUCGAUUAGAAAAAAAUGUGCCAAAAUACAUAAAAUAGUGAUUUAGAAAUGGAGGAAAUGUAUUAGAGAAAAUUAAAAUAUCCCCAAAAGGUAAUAUAUUGGUGCCAAAUUAGGUAAUAAAAAAAUAUAGAAAGUUUCAAUGUGUCAAAAUACAUAACAAGAAGGUUCGGAAAAAUACAAGAAAAAAAUAUUAAGGAAAAAUAUAUUGCCAAAGUAGACACACACGUACACAGCGGGUGGCGGCCAUACGCACACACCAUGUAAACCCGUGUACGUGUGUGCGUGUGUAUGGAGGUGUGGAGCCAGGCACCCCCCUCCCCCCUCCUCCAGGCCCCCCCUCCUCCCCGCCCCUCGAAGAAGACACUCAUCUCCCUCAAUUCCUCCUCCUCCCACCCACAUCUCCCUCCAACAAGCGCAUUCUUCCUCUCCUCCUCCUCAAACUCCACCUCCUCGUCCUCCUCCUCCACCUCCACCUCUUCCUCCUCCUCUCCCGUCAGGGCCAGAGGGACGGGUAUGAGGGGGGAGGCGACCCCUUCCAACCCCCCCUACCUCCCUCAUCCCCCUCCGCAAGUCCCUCCAGCGUGGUGUGGGGGGCAUGGAGGGGUGGAGCGCUCCCUCGACCACUCCUCCCUCUGCUCCUCCCUCUCCUCCUUAGCUGGGGGGGCGCUGGGACAUGGGCGGGGGGGAGGGGGUGGGGGUGACGAGAGAGCGAGGAAGUUUGAAGCGCAAGACGGUGAUUCGCGUAACUCGGGGUUAAAUUCGCGUAUGUCGGAGACCAAUUCGCGUAUCUCGGAGUCGGAGUCGCGUAAGCCGGAUACAUGUUCGCGUGUGAGUGAUCCGUGUUCGCGUAAGACGAGUGCCAAUUCGCGGAUAACGGAACCGGAUAACGCGAAGGUGUGUCCGGGUAACGGGGUGGUCUGUUCGGAUAAGGCGCAAACGAGACUAGUACAUCCGGAUAAACAGAAUGCAUGUCCGGAUAACGAAGCUUGCGUGAACAGACUAAACAGCACAACAACAACAACAGGAACCACAACAACACCAACAACAACAAACUCACGCGAGGAAAACGGGAAACACGAAGAGAAAACGCAAGCACAGCAGGACCAACUCAACCAACAUACCAACUUCAUCACCACGUUCUUCCAGCAAAACGGGACGCUCAACCACACCUUCAACCAGACCACCAGCACCAGCACCACCAGCACAGACACCGCCCGGUACAGCAACGCGAGGAUACAGACGGCGGCGCAGGUACUGGUGGGGGUCGGCCGCGGGACACUACCCCUGCACCUGAACAUGAGCGGGACAGGUGUGGGGGUCGCGGUGGGGGAGGAAAUCCAGCGGCCGAGUAGAAUCCGAUCAAGACCUUCAGGGAAUCACAUCUCCAUCCGCCCCAAGCUCUCGCGGAUGUCACCCCCCUCACACGCCUCCCCCCACUCCCUCCCCACGCAGUUUGACGGGGAGGGGAGUGAUGGGGAGCUGAAUGGCCGGGUGAAGAAUCUGUGUGGCUCGUUCAAUCUCGCCGGGGACACAAUGGAAGGGAUCAUCCAGUGUUUGGUGUUCCUCAAAGCAUUCAGUCUGGUCGGCGGAGAGUUUGACAUGGAGCUGAACUUCGUGAUCCAGGACGCCCAUAACCUGCGACACAUGCUGGAGCUGCUUGACCACUGCCCCCCGCCCCUGCAGGCUGAGAUUUGGUCCGUGUUCAUCGCCAUUCUGCGCAAGAGUGUCCGCAACUUACAGGCGUGCACGGAGGUGGGCCUCAUCACCCACGUGCUGCACAGGCUCCCCCAGGCCGACAGUGUGGUGGCAGACCUGCUGAUCGAAGUGCUGGGCGUCCUCACGAGCUACUCCAUCACGGUCAAGGAACUCAAGUCGCUGUUUGGCUCCAUGAAGGCCGACAGAGGGCGCUGGCCCCGCCACUCCGCCAAGCUGCUCAGUGUGCUGCGACAGAUGCCCAACAGGUCUGGCCCCGACGUCUUCUUCUCCUUCCCCGGCAAAAAGGGCUCGGCGCUGGUGCUGCCCCCCCUCGCCCGCUGGCCGUACGAGGCGGGCUGGACCUUCACCACGUGGUUUCGCCUCGACCCCAUCAACUCUGUCAACAUUGAGCGGGAGAAGCCCUACCUCUACUGGUAAGUGUGGGAGUCAUUCAUGAAUUGGUGAAGCGAUCUACUUACGGUAAGCCUCUGUGUGUGUGUGCGUGUGUGUGUGUGUGUGUGUGUGUCUUAUAUAGCAGUGGCAAAUCAGUCUUUAUUUGGGUACGAUUUUUAUAAAUAAUUUCAAACGUGAUUUAUAAAUUUAUAUUCAAUCAUAAUUAUAUUCCAUGCUCAGUAGCUCACCCUUAACUAAAAAUAUUGAAUUAUGAACUUAAAAAAAAAAAAACAAGGGCAGCUUCUUAACUAUUUUUCACUCACAUUUUACAUACUCAAUUUUCGAUUACUUUUCUCCUGGCCUAUUUGCGCUAUAGUAUUACUACUUAUAUAUAAAACUUAUGUGCUCGAAUAGAUGUCGGGUAUAAUUAAUAAAAAAAAGACAGUCUCCAAAUAAUUUUCCACAUAUUUUAAAUUCCAAAUAAUUUUCCACAUAUGUUAGAUUCCAAAUAUUUCAAAUCUGAUUACUUUUCUCCCCGCUAGCUUGUUUACGCCAUACUAUUACUUGGAAUAAUAUUAUGUUGGGUGUCAGCAUAAACCCGUAAAAGUGGUUCAUGGAAAUCUCUUAGGGAGCGGCGUCUGGCUGACUAAUAUUCCUGGAACUGAUGAUGUCGAGAGGAAGGGACGGGUUGAAAAUGGGCAAAAAGGUCUAAAGGAGAGAGAAAAAAAAACCCUCUGCAUAAAGAACGUGAAUACUGAAAGACUGAAACAUAAAAAAAAAAAAGUAUGAGGAAUGAUAAGAGACGCUGGGAACCAAAAUUUGAAGGGUAAGGGAGGUGGAAGAAUAAAAAAGUCGAGGGCUCAAAAAAAAAAAAAAAAAAAAGGUGGAAUUAAAGAAGUGAAAGGAAAAGAAAAAAUGAUGCACCGGAAUGUGGAAGGUUUGGAAAAGUGGAGGAAUAAGAAAAUGGAAGAAUGGAAAAUGCAAGAACCGAAAAAUGGAAGAAUGAAAAACGCAAGAAUAAGAAAAAUGGAAGAACCGAAAAAUGGAAGGAUGAAAAACGCAAGAAUAAGAAAAAUGGAAGAACCGAAAAAUGGAAGAACCGAAAAAUGGAAGAAUGAAAAACGCAAGAAUAAGAAAAAUGGAAGAACCGAAAAAUGGAAGAAUGAAAAACGCAAGAAUAAGAAAAAUGGAAGAACCGAAAAAUGGAAGAACCGAAAAAUGGAAGAAUGAAAAACGCAAGAAUAAGAAAAAUGGAAGAAUGAAAAACGCAAGAAUAAGAAAAAUGGAAGAAUGAAAAACGCAAGAAUAAGAAAAAUGGAAAAAUAAGAUAAAUGCAAUAACCGAAAAAUGGAAUGUUAGAAAAAACUUAGAAAUAGAAAAAGGAAAGUUCGGAAAAAAAGUAAGGAAUAAAAGUGUAAGGUUAUGAUGAAAAUGGAGGAAAAUUGUAACUGGUCUGAAGGGAGGGAAGGAGGAAGAGCUUAUAGUAUGGGUGAAAGUAAAUAUUUUUUUCUUUUUUAAUCUUCCCCAAUCGAGUGUUGUAAAAGUGAAAGUGGUGAGUUAGUUUUCUCAUAUCAGUUGAAUCUGUUUACUCUUCUUGUUAUUAGGAGAGACAGACAGACAGACAGACAGACAGAUAAAUAAACAAGCAGACUGAAAUGAUGUUUUUGACUGAUUAUUAUUCCUCCUCCUCCUCCUCCU